AUGGUUUUGUUGCAGGGUGUGCUUCUCUCCGCGCUGGCUGCUACAGGCCUGGCUAGUCCCAGCCUUGAUGUUUCUGGACGAAACUCCGCUAGACAGGCUGCGGGUUACUCGCCCAAGCAGCCGCCGUUGAAAACGCCGUGGACGGAUAAAGUAGGUACUGACCCCUGGCCUGAGCAUCCCAGACCGCAACUGCAGCGGUCUCAGUGGCAGAACCUCAAUGGUGUUUGGGGGUAUCAGAAUGCGUCUAGUCUGGAUGCUGUUCAGAGUCCGCCAGUCGGUCAGAAGCUUGGCCAGGAGGUGUUGGUUCCAUCGUGUCUUGAGAGUGGUCUUUCUGGCAUUCAGGGAGUAUAUACUCUCUACUCGUGGUUCUCCAAUUCAUUCAAGGUGCCCGACGCCUGGAAGGAUCAGCAGGUUCUUCUCAACUUUGACGCCGUGGACUAUGAAGCCACGGUUUUCAUCAAUGGCAAGAAGGCUGGUUUCAACCGCGGAGGCUACUACCGCUUUACUUUGGACGUCACGCAAUACGUCAAGGUCGGCCAGCAGAAUGAAGUGCUUGUCUUCGUCCACGACCCAACCGAUGACGGGGACUAUGUGAUCCCCAUUGGCAAGCAGACCCUCCGUCCCAGUCACAUCUUCUACACGCCAUGCAGUGGAAUCUGGCAAAGUGUCUGGCUGGAAGCCGCGCCAAAGGCUCACAUCACGAAGCUUGAUCUCGACGCCAACAUGGACGGCCAAGUCAACAUGACCGUGCACACUUCGGCAGUGAACGCUACCCAGAAUGUGGUGGUCACCGUGCACGACAAUGGCAAGGUGCUGAAAACCCACAGCGGACCCUCCAAUAGACCUUUCCAGUUCAAUGUGGAGUCUCCGGAGCUGUGGUCGCCCGACUCACCCAGGCUGUACAACGUCACCGUCAAGAUGGGCAGUGACAAGGUGCAGAGCUACACCGGAUUCCGCACCAUUGCGAAGGGUACUGUUGACGGUGUUGUUCGACCGAUUCUGAAUGGCGAAUUUGUCUUCAUGUUUGGCACUCUUGAUCAGGGAUACUGGCCGGACGGUCUCUACACGCCACCUACCAAGGAGGCCAUGGUGUAUGAUCUCAAGGUUCUGAAAGAGCUGGGAUUCAAUAUGGUUCGUAAGCAUAUCAAAGUGGAAACGGAGCUAUUCUAUCAGGCAUGCGACGAAUUGGGUCUGCUGGUUAUUCAGGAUAUGCCCUCCCUGCGCCCCAGUCAGAGGAAGACCAACCCAGAUGACUGCUCUUCGUCUCCUAUUCUCCCUGAUGAUCAGCAGCAGGCUGAGUUCGCGCGCCAGUUAGACGUGCUGAUUAACCAGUUCAAGAGCUUUCCUAGUAUUGUUACUUGGGUCAUCUACAACGAGGGUUGGGGCCAGAUCACAGACUACCAUCCCGAGUUCGAACUGACCGACCGGGUCAAGCAACUGGAUCCAACCCGUCUGGUCGAUUCCACGACUGGCUGGUAUGACCACGGAGCCGGCGACUUCAGCGACAACCACCACUACGCCAACCCGCAAUGCGGCACCCCUUUCUACUCUGCCAGCUCCAGCCCCUACGACGACACCAGGAUUGGCUUCCAGGGUGAAUUCGGCGGAAUCGGAAGCAACGUCUCGAUCGAACACCUCUGGAACAACCAAGCAGCCAUCGACACCAUCAACCAAACUUACGAAAUCGACGAAACCAUUGACGCCUGGAACUACCGCAGCCAUUUUCUUCUCGCCGAGCUGCAGGACCAGGUCAAGCGGUUCGCUUGCAGCGGCGGUGUCUGGACUCAAACCACUGAUGUUGAAGGUGAAGUCAACGGGCUGAUGACGUAUGACCGUCGUAUCAAGCGUGUUGAUGAGGACCAGUGGAAGAAGGAUAUUCAGGGCCUUUAUGAUGCGGCUUUGGCGCGGAGUAAUACGACUAUGUCUGCUUCUUAG